AGCACCGGAGAGAACGCGCGCAUGGCGACCACCGUGCCAUGCAUGCGUCCGACGAUUUAGGACGGGACACACGGCAGCCUUCUGCCAAUCGCGCACGUACCACCAUUGCCGCCGCGCCACUCGCCGAGCCCUUCCCCGGUUUAAGUGCUCACUGCUCUGGCCUUGACGCAUUCUUGUUUGGACACAUACGUACGUGUGAAGGACCAACACGAGGGCCGGGCGCGCACCCCCCCUCUAUCUCUCCCGCCGCCGUUGAUCUAUCACCGGGCCGCCGGUCCGUGACUGUCGCCAGCGGCUGCUGGUUGUUGCUUGGUUGCGUCGCCGCGGGACCCGUGACCCGGGCGCAAUGCCGGGAGCCGUGAUCGUGCACCACCACACGAGGUACAAGACGUACCCCGGCGAGGUCACCGGCAUCGCCAUCUUCUCGUGCUUCAUCGCCUCCGUCGCCGGCUGCAUCUUCGGCUAUGACAUCGGCCUCACAUCCGGGCUGACGUCGACGGAGCCGUUCCUGGUCAAGUUCUUCCCCUCCAUCUACGAGGAGAUGAAGAGGCAGGUGGUCGUCAACCAGUACUGCAAGUUCGACAGCCAGGUCCUGACGCUGUUCAGCUCCUCCCUCUUCCUCGCCGCGACGGUGGCCACCUUCUUCGCCGGCCCGAUGACCCGCGCCUUCGGGCGCAAGUGGACCCUGUUCGCCGCCGCGUCCGCGUACGUGGUCGGCGCGUGCAUCGGCGGCGUGUCCGUGAACUUCCCGAUGCUGCUCACGGGCCGCGUCCUCGUCGGCUCCGGCGUCGGCAUCUCCAUCCAGGCGGCCCCGCUCUACAUCUCCGAGGUGGCGCCGGCGCAGCAGCGCGGGAUGCUCAACAUCCUGUUCCAGCUCAUGAUCACGGUGGGCAUCCUGACGGCGAACAUGACCAACUACCUGGCGUCCAAGGUCUCGGGCGGCUGGGGCUGGCGCAUCCCCGUGACGUUCGGCGCCAUCCCGGCCGCCGUCAUCGCGCUGGGCGCGCUCGCCAUCCCGGACACCCCGGCGUCGCUCGUCGAGCGCGGGGACACGGCCACGGCGCGCAAGACGCUGUCCCAGAUCCGGGGCGUCGGCGACGUGCGCGAGGAGUUCGACGACCUGGCCGCCGCGAGCGAGGACGCCAAGGCCGUGCAGUGCCCCUGGCGGGAGCUCUUCUUCGGCGGCAAGUACAAGCCCCAGCUCACGUUCGCGCUGCUCAUCCCCUUCUUCCAGCAGCUCACCGGCAUCAACGUCAUCAUGUUCUACGCGCCGGUGCUCUUCAAGACAGUCGGCUUCAAGCAGAACGCCACCCUCGUGUCCUCCGUCAUCACCGGCCUCGUCAACGUCUUCUCCACCUUCGUCGCCAUCGCCACCGCCGACAAGAUCGGACGCCGCGCGCUCUUCCUGCAGGGCGGCACGCAGAUGAUCAUCUCCCAGAUCCUUGUGGGGACGUUCAUCGGGCUGCAGUUCGGCAUGAGCGGGACGGGCGACAUCUCGGAGCAGUACGCCAUGUGCAUCGUGCUGUUCGUGUGCGUGUACGUGGCCGGCUUCGCGUGGUCGUGGGGGCCCAUGGGGUGGCUGGUCCCCAGCGAGAUCUACCCGCUGGCCGUGCGGUCGGCGGCGAUGAGCGUCACGGUGGCCGUCAACAUGUUCUUCACGGCCUUCAUCGGGCAGAUCUUCCUCACGCUGCUCUGCCACCUCCGCUUCGGCCUCUUCUACUUCUUCGGCGCCUGGGUGCUGCUCAUGACGCUCUUCAUCGCCAUGCUGCUCCCGGAGACCAAGAGCGUGCCCGUCGAGGAGAUGGCGCACGUCUGGAAGAAGCACUGGUUCUGGCGCAAGUUCGUCAUCGACACCGGCAACGACGCCCGCAACGCCGAGAUGAGGAAGAGGAUAGCGCUAGAGAUGAGCUGAUCAUCGUCGUCCAUGCAUGCAGUCUCCAUCGCCCAUGCAUCAUAUAUAUGCAGUAGGCAGGCAGGCAGAUGAAGGAAAUUACGUACACAAGCGCCAACUAAAACUAAUUAAACCCAAGUCAAUUACGUCAUAUAUCACUCAAUAGCUGCUAGAACAUAUAUGAAUGGUUGUUGUAGACUGAUCGUAAUCCCAGCUAGUUAUGAUAUACAUCUUGCAUUUUAACUAGCUAGCGUAUAUAUAUUGUACGGGUGUCUAGAUUUUUUUAUCUGUUUAUUCUAACAUUCGAGAUCUACAUAUUUUAUUUUGGCCGUUUCA